ACAGUUUGCAUACGGGUUUGAUAAUAAUAGUAGUUUAGUGACCUCUUCUGUUCAAAGUUGGAUACUGCAUGUUAUUUGUCUAAGUCCCUAUGUGAUGACAUCAUUUAUGUGAGCCUAGUGUCAGCAGCAGUCUAGGAUGCGGUCAUCACUAUCAUUUCUCCUCAAUUUAAGUUGUUCCGAGGCACAUUCGGUGGAAAAGCAGCGAGCUGACUUGAACCGUGAACUGGACGACCUGACUGACAGACUGGAGGAAGCAGGUGGGGCCACGGCCUCUCAGAUGGAAAUGAAUAAGAAACGUGAGGCGGAGCUACAGAGGCUCAGAAGGGAACUUGAAGACUCCUCGGUGCAGGCAGAGGCGGUCGUGGCCGCUCUGAGGAAGCGUCACAGCGAUGCCCUGGCCGAACUGGGAGAGCAGUGCGAGGGCCUGCAGAGAACACGAGCCAAACUGGAAAAGGAGAAACAGAGCCUCAGACUGGAGGUGGACGACUUGGCGGCUUCAUUCGACACCCUACAGAAGGCCAAGGCAUCCACUGACACACAGCUGAAGAAACUAGAAGACUUACUGUCUGAGGCCGGCUGUAGGAAUGAGGACCUGCAGAAAGCUCUGAAUGAGGUUACUGCUGCUAAGAACAGGCUCACAGCUGAAAAUAAUGAUCUUACGAGGCAGAUGGAAGAAGCCGAGAACAAGGGAAGUCAUCUCAGUCGAACAAAAAGUCUCUUGAUGACCCAGCAUGAGGAACUCAAGAAGCAGUAUGAUGAAGACGUCAAGGCUAAAGCGGCCCUGAUCAGCAGUAUGACCGCAAUGCGUCAAGAGUGUGAAAUGCUCAAGGAGCAACUGGAAGAGGAGCAAGAGAGUAAACAGGAACUACAGCGUCUCGUCUCCAAACUCAACAGCGACGUCACACAAUGGAGGAGCCGGCAUGAAGCUGAUGUCAUCCAACACAGUGACGAACUGGAGGAAACCAAGAAGAAGCUGACGGUUCGACUGCAGGAGGCAGAGGAGGCAGUGGAGGUCACGCAGGCCAAAUGCUCCAGUCUAGAGAAAACCAAACAGAGACUGCAGGGAGAGGUGGAGGAACUGUGUGUUGAUCUAGAGAAGGCGAAUAACGUGGCAGCAGUGCUGGAUAAAAAGCAAAGGAUGCUGGACAAACAGUUAAGUGACUGGAGACAGAAGUGCGAGGAGCUGGUCGCUGAAGUGGAGAACUGUCAGAAAGAGAGCCGACAGCACGCCGCGGAGCUCUUCAAGCUGAAAAUGGCUCAUGAGGAGGCCGUGGAACAGGGCGAGGCUCUGCGAAGAGAAAACAAGACCUUACAGGAGGAGAUUACUGAUCUUACUGACCAGCUCUCAGAAGGAGGAAAGAGCAUCCAUGAGCUUCAGAAGAUGAAGAAGAAAAUCGAGAUGGAGAAGGAGGAACUGCAGGCGUCACUGGAGGAGUCUGAGGCAGCGUUAGAGGCUGAGGAGACAAAGGUUUUACGUCUUCAGCUGGAACUGUCUCAAGUUAAAGCAGACAUGGAUCGCAGACUGCAGGAGAAAGAAGAGGAGUUUGAAGCCACCAGAAAGAGCCACCAGAGGGAGCUGGAGUCCCUGAAGGCCAGUCUAGAUGUGGAGGUGAAGGGCCGCACGGAGGCAGCCCGUGUCAAGAAGAAGAUGGAGAGUGACCUUAAUGAGCUGGAGGUCCAGGUGGACCAGCUGAACAAGAACAACGGCGAUCUAAUGAAGAACGUCAAAAAGAUGCAACAACAAAUUAAGGACCUCCAGGUACAGCUGGAGGAUGAGGCACGCAUACAGGAGGAACUAAGAGAGGAGCGGACUCUUCUGGAGCGCCGCUGCACCCUGCUGGUUACUGAAGGAGAAGAGAGUCGUGCCUCAUUGGAGGCAGUGGAGAGGAGCCGUAAGGCCCUAGAAACAGAACUCCAGGAUACUUCAGAGAAAUACAAUGAUCUUGACAACCAGUUACAGUCUGUAUCCAGUGGAAAGAGGAAGCUGGAGGUAGAUCUACAGCAGCUCACACAAGAACACGAGGAACUGCUGGGUGAACUGAGAACAGCCAAUGACAAGGCCAAGAAAGCUGUCUGUGAGACUGCACGUGUGGCGGAGGAGCUGCGUGUGGAGCAGGAGCACACCAUGCACCUGGAGCGGGUGAAGAAGGGCAUGGAGGUUCAGAUAAAGGACAUGACCUCCAGACUGGAUGAAGCUGAGCAGCUGGCCAUGAAAGGAGGCAAGAAGAUCAUCCAGAAGCUGGAAGGCAUGGUGAAAGAACUAGAGUUGGACUUGGACAACGAGCAGAAGCGGCACGCCGAGACGGUCAAGAACCUGCGGAAGAAUGAGCGGCGUCUGAAGGAGCUGCUGUUCCAGUCGGAGGAGGACCAGAAGAACCAGCAGAGGAUGCAGGAACUGGUGGAGAGAAUCCAGAUUAAAAUGAAAGCUUAUAAGAGACAAGUGGAGGAAGCGGAGGAGCAGGCCAAUAUGACCCUGGCCAAGUACAGAAAGACUGUUCACGAGUUGGAUGAUGCAGAGGAGCGGGCUGACAUAGCAGAGACAGCUCUCACGAAAAUCAGGACGAAGCACAGGGGCAGCUUUGGCAAGGGCUACUAAUCUGGGUACAGCACUCCCUAUCCAGGGCUCAUAAGAUCGCCCAGUUCAGUGGGGUCAGAAGGGCGAGGGGAGAAGAUCCCUGAUGAUGAUGAGUCUGUCAGCUCUCUUAU